AUGGCUACAGUCUCUGCCCCCUCUUCUCCCUCCGUCCUCCUCCACCACCCAGAGCUCAACGUCUCCUCCUGCCCCUGUCCAUCCAUCCAGACCCUGAAUGCCACCACGCUGCCACCCCCCAUCAACUCUCCCUCCUUAGGAAUGUCCUGUUUCACCAUGACCCUGGGUGGCCUCUCCAACCUCACCGCCCUGGGCAUCCUGGCCAAGUCCUAUGUCCGCUUCCGACAUCGGGCCAAAGCGCCGUUCCUGCUGUUAGUGGGGGCUCUACUGUUAACCAACCUGGCUGGUAAUUUGAUCCCCGGUGCCUUUGCCCUCCAUCUGCACCUGGGUCUGAGUCGGAGGCACAGGGUGGCUGCAGGAGUGCGUGACACCACCGAGCCUGCCGGGGUGUUCUGCCAACUGUUCGGUGCCAGCAUGGUGUUCUUCGGCCUGUGCCCUCUAUUACUGGGCAGUGCCAUGGCCGUGGAGCGUUGUGUGGGCAUCACCCAGCCCCUCCUUCACUCUGCCCUGAUCACGGUGACCCAUGUGCGUCUGGCUGUCCUUCUGCUGCCCUCCCUGGCCCUGCUGCUGGCCGGGCUCCCCCUGGUGGACGUGGGUAGUUACACAACACAGUUCCCUGGUACGUGGUGCUUUCUGAGCGUCCACGGGCCGCUCUCCACGGCCGACGCCAGCCUGGCCCUCACCUUCUCCGGCCUGGGGCUCAUUGCGCUCAGCCUCUCCCUGAUUUGUAACACCCUGAGUGGGCUGGCUCUGCUGCAGGCCAGGCUCAGCUCCCAGGGCAUCAGAACAAACACUACAGCAGCACCAGGUCGAUAUGGAAGAACCUCCUCCUCCUCUCCCCUACGCUCGCUGGACGUAGAGAUGAUGGCCCAGUUGACAGUGAUCACAAUGGUGUCCUGUGUGUGCUGGAGCCCCUUUCUAGUGAGUAGCUAGAGCCCCUACUGACAUUUGACCUUGUUUAUACUGUAGAUGGUUUAACAUUGGUAGCCUGUUAAUCGUAGGCAAGGCUUUUGCUUGUUUAAACACAGACACAUAAGUGUUUCUAAAAUUAAUAGUAGAUUACAACAUAUUCACCUCAUGGAUUCAGGCCUGUCUCAUACAGUGUGCCUUUCAGUGACCCCCAGUGGAUUUUCUGUCCCUAACAUAUUUCCUAAAUAGCUAUUCUACAAUAGCACAUAAUCAUGAACUACUAUACUGCUAACCACAUCCAUACUUAUUCUCACUCCCUCCACCAUCACCAGAUCUCCAUCUCUCUGCUGGUGGGUCAGUUCUACUGCGGCGGGCGAGGCUCCAGCCACACGUUGCGUCAGUCAGAGAGGCUGGUUCUGUUGGGCCUCCGCAUGGCCUCCUGGAACCAGAUCCUGGACCCCUGGGUCUACAUCCUGCUCAGACGGGCUGUGCUGCGAAGGGUCUUCCGCGUCCUCCAGCCAGACACC